CUUUUCCACGUUAUAGGGUUUCUCUGGUUUCAAUUCCCAACGACUCCACGCACCAAAACCAGAGAACCAUUUCUCUCUCUCUCUCUGGUUCGCCUUUGAAGCAUACCCGACUACCUGCGAUCUAAUCUCCUGGGUUCUUGCCUUUCAAUUUGGUUAGACAAGAUGGGAGCUUUUAUGUCAAGAUUUUGGUUCAUGAUGUUUCCGGCGAAGGAGUACAAGAUAGUAGUUGUUGGCUUAGAUAACGCUGGAAAGACGACGACACUUUAUAAAUUGCACCUUGGAGAUGUUGUCACUACACAUCCUACUGUUGGGAGUAAUGUCGAAGAGCUUGUGUACAAAAACAUUCGGUUCGAGGUGUGGGAUCUUGGUGGGCAAGAGCGGCUGAGGACGUCAUGGGCAACAUACUAUCGUGGGACUCAUGCAGUCAUUGCAGUGAUAGACAGCACUGAUCGUGCAAGGAUCAAUAUUAUGAAGGAUGAACUCUUUCGGUUGCUCCAACAUGAUGAUCUUGAACAUUCAGUGAUUCUUGUCUUUGCAAACAAGCAAGAUCUCAAGGAUGCCAUGCCCCCAGCUGAGAUCACAGACGCCCUUUCACUUCAUAGCAUCAAGAAUCAUGAUUGGCACAUUCAAGCUUGCUGUGCCCUCACAGGAGAAGGAUUAUAUGAUGGUUUGGGGUGGAUAGCCCAGCAUGUAACUGGCAAGGCUACAAGUUAAGAUAACUCAGGCUACUGUUGAACGAGAAUAGCUUAUUUUCCAUAAGCAGAUUGAUAGGAUGCGUGUCCAUUUGGAUUGGCUUCAAAGAAAGAAAAAAAAUUUCAUUUCUUCCA